AUGAGCUCCGACGACGCUUCGCUCGAAGGUAAAGCCACCCCAGAUGAAAAGAGUGGCCUUCCCGAUGCUCCAGCAGACCCAAUGAAGAGGGAAUCUGCAGCAAAAAAGAAGACCUCAUUGAGUUGGUGGAGGUAUGUAAAAGAUUCCUCGUUGUCACCUGAGGCAAAUGCCAAUAUUCUCAACCUCCUGUUCUUCAGCUGGGUGACGCCCAUUUUAUCCUUGGGUUACGCCCGACCCUUGCAAGUUCCUGAUCUCUACAAACUCUCUGAAGAUCGUUCAGCAUCCGUCAUUGCAGACAAGAUUCUUCAGUCUUUCAAAACACGUCGUAAGCAAGCGGAUGAGUACAAUGAAAGGCUUGCAGCGGGAAGUAUCGGUCCUGGUGUCAAGGGCCUAUGGUGGACUAUUAAAGGGAAACGUCAAGAACGCGAGAAGCAAUGGCAAGAGAAAGAUGGGAAGAAGAAAGCUAGUCUCAUCUUAGCUAUGAACGACAGUAUAAAAUGGUGGUUCUGGUCAGGCGGUAUAAUGAAGGUGAUAGGUGACACAGCUGUUGUAACAAGCCCGUUGCUUGUUAAGGCAAUCACCAACUUUGUUUCAGAGUCGUAUGCUGCACGCUAUACUGACGUUUCGCCGCCACCCAUUGGCAAGGGAAUUGGCCUCGCCUUCGGACUUCUGGCAUUGCAAUUGGUUGGCUCCUGGUGCAACAAUCACUUCUUUUACCGUAGCAUGUCAAGCGCUAUCCUUCUUCGUGGCGGUCUCAUUUCCGCCAUAUACGCUCGUUCACUCCGUCUGAGUACUCGGGCUCGGAUGAUUCACGGAAAUGCGAAGCUCAUCACCCAUGUCUCGGCGGAUGUCUCGCGUAUAGAGAUCUGCCUCAACUGGUUCCAUAUGGCCUGGGCUGCCCCAAUACAACUUCUCAUAUGUCUGAUACUGCUCCUCAUCAAUUUGGGUCCUAGUGCUCUCGUAGGCUACGGGUUGCUUCUCCUCGCAACUCCCGCACAAGCAAAGAUCAUGAAGCAGUUCAUCAAACUGAGGAAAAAGAGCAUGAUGUGGACUGACAAACGUUCUAAAGCUUUGCAAGAGAUCUUCAAUGGAAUUCAAGUUAUCAAACUUUUUGCAUGGGAGCUCCCCUUCCUGAAACGCAUCUCUGAAUAUCGGCAGAAGGAGAUGAAGUACAUCCGGACUCUGACGAUCUACCGAGCGGCCUUGAAUGCAUUCGCGAUCUCCGUCCCUGCAUUAGCAGCUGUACUCUCCUUCAUCACCUACGUGGGGACUGGCCAUACCUUAAGCGCGGCAGAUGUCUUCUCCUCCCUCGCGCUUUUCCAGCUGGUGCGCAUGCCCUUAAUGUUUUUGCCCAUGUCCCUGGGAUCGGUCACGGAUGCUAUUGCUGCUUGUGGUCGUCUUUAUGCUGUAUUCGAAGCUGAAACUGUGGACGCGACCCUAGUCGAGAAUCGAGAGCUUGACCCCGCCGUAUGCGUGCGAGGUGCAGAGUUUACCUGGGAUUCCCCACUCCCCCAAGCUCAAGCAGCGGCCACGAAGGCGCCCAGUCCUCCCCAGCCUACUACAGUCUCAGGAACAGACGCUGCUAAGGUGCAACAGAAUGUGUUUAAGCUCGCUGACAUCAAUCUCGAGGUACCUCGAGGACAGCUCGUAGCAAUUACCGGUGCCAUUGGAACAGGAAAGACCUCUCUGCUUCAGGGCUUGAUUGGAGAAAUGCGUCGUACUGCUGGUGUUGUCGAGUUUGGCGGCAGUGUAAGCUACUGCGCACAGACUGCUUGGAUCCAGAACGCCACCAUACGCGAAAAUAUUUGCUUUGGUCGCCCCUUUGAGGAAGAAAAGUACUGGAAUGCCGUCCGCGCAGCCUGCUUACAACCUGACCUGGACAUGCUCCCUAAUCACGAUCUCACGCAGGUUGGGGAGAAAGGUAUUUCUUUGUCUGGAGGCCAGAAACAACGUGUCAACAUAUGCCGCGCUAUUUACCACGACAGUGACAUCGUCAUUUUCGAUGACCCACUCUCUGCACUAGAUGCUCACGUCGGUAAGGCGGUUUUCAACAACGUCAUCAAGCAACACCUCCACGGCAAAACGCGCAUUCUCGUGACGCAUGCGCUGCACUUGCUACCAAGUGUUGAUUAUAUUUAUACCCUUGCCGACGGCAGGAUCGCAGAAUGCGGUACCUACGAUGAGCUCAUGGAGAAUGAUGGUGCCUUUGCUCAAUAUGUUAACAAGUUUGGAACAAAUGAGGAGACAAAGAAGAUCGAACAAAGGGAGAAUGCCAACGCUCAGAACGAAUCUGAAGCAGCCCCAAAGAAACCUGCUGCUGGACCAGGAAAGGCGAUGAUGCAAGAAGAGGAACGGACCAGAGGUUCGGUUAAGAGGGCAGUAUGGAUCGAAUACCUCCUUGGAGGGCAUGGAGUUGUCCUUGUACCACUUUUACUACUGUCCCUGGUAGUAAUGACUGCUGCCGGCCUCAUGUCUUCUUACUGGCUCGUAUACUGGGAAGAACGGAGGUUCGACAGGCCAAAUGGCUUUUAUAUGGGGAUCUAUGCGGCUUUGGGGAUCUCCACCUCCCUGUCUAUGUUCCUGAUGGGUGUCAUGUUUGCCAUGCUAACCUACUAUGCGUCGCAAAGGCUUCACUCAAAAGCGCUUGAUCGGGUGAUUCACGCACCAAUGAACUUCUUUGAUACGACACCUCUCGGUCGCAUCAUAGGGCGCUUUGGAAAGGAUAUCGAUACAGUUGAUAACACAAUUGGAGACUCCAUGCGCAUGCUCAUGGCGACCCUGUCGGCUAUUGCGGGACCGAUCAUACUGAUUUCCAUUAUUACGCCAUGGUUCCUCAUAGUGAUCGCCUGUGUACUAGUCUGCUACGUGUUAGCUGCGUCCUUCUAUCGCGCAAGUGCUCGGGAGCUGAAGGUUCAUGGCAUCUUGCGGUCCUCCAUCUACGCUCACUUUGCUGAGUCAUUGUCUGGUUUGACAACUAUUAGAGCAUAUGGCGAGAUGGAACGCUUCAAGCGCGAGGGCGACGCUCGGGUUGACCUCGAGAAUCGUGCUUAUUGGUUGACUGUGGUCAAUCAGAGAUGGCUGGGUAUCCGACUUGACUUCCUGGGUAUCGUCCUGACGCUGGCAGUCUCUCUGUUAACUAUUGGUCUACGGUUCAAGAUUUCACCUGGCCAAACUGGUGUUGCUCUGGCAUACAUCGUUCUGGUCCAACAAUCAUUCGGAUACGUCGUGCGUCAAGCUGCUGAUGUCGAAAACAACAUGAACUCCGUCGAGCGUAUUCUCCAUUAUGCCAACGAAAUCGAGCAGGAAGCACCCUCCGUGGAAGAUACAUCCAUGCCAGCAGAGUGGCCCAACAAAGGAGAAGUGGAGUUCAAGAACAUCACCAUGAAGUAUCGACCUGAGUUACCACUCGUGCUCAAGGGCAUUUCUAUGUCAAUUGCCGCCGGAGAGAAAAUAGGUUUUGUCGGCCGGACGGGUGCGGGGAAGUCAUCGGUGAUGACAGCAUUGUAUCGCUUGGUCGAACUGUCGUCGGGUCAAAUAUCAAUUGACGGUGUUGAAACUACGCGAGUCGGUCUCACGAAGCUUCGGACUGGGAUGUCCAUCAUUCCUCAGGAUGCAUUCCUCUUUUCAGGAACUCUGCGAUCAAAUUUGGACCCCUUUGGGCAGCACGAUGAUGCCAGCUUAUGGGAUGCAUUGAAACGCGCCCAUCUUGUAGACCCUAGUUCUGCGAAGGCGCCAGGUGCCCCUAACGAGGCAAAAGAAGGAACGCAACCAACUUCUAACUUAGACUUGGAUAGUUCAAUCCAAGUUGAGGGUAGUAAUUUAUCCGCCGGCCAGCGAUCGCUGGUGUCAUUGGCUCGUGCCUUGGUGAAUGAUACCAAAAUCUUGAUUUUAGACGAGGCGACCGCGUCGGUUGAUUAUGAGACGGAUCGCAAGAUCCAGGACACCAUCGCCUCCGAGUUCCGUGGUCGGACUAUCCUCUGCAUUGCUCAUCGACUUAGGACCAUCAUCUCGUACGACAGGAUUUGUGUCCUUGAUUCGGGCCGUAUCGCGGAGUUCGACACGCCGGAUGCACUCUACGCAAAAACUGAUGGCAUUUUCCGGGGGAUGUGUGACGAGUCGUCAAUCUCCUUGGACGACAUACAGAAUGCCCAGAAUAAGAUUGGGACGUCAACCCACUGAUCAUUUCCCUCAGCGCUUUGCGAUGUUUGACUUUUAGAAUUAUUCGCUAUAUACUUAAACUUAAACUUAUUUAUGUUGUGCGUAAUUGACGCGUAUGUGG